UCUGGUGGCCCGCCUCCUCCCUCCGGCCAGCCGAACCCCGCAACUAUCCGCUGACCUAGGAGAAGGUCGAAGGGCGUAACACUCCCUCACGGGAGGUGAGGAGGAUGUUGGGGUUCGGUGAUGGGUACGUUGGGACGGUGCAGGACACGGUGAAGAUCCGGCGGCUGGAGAAGCAGCGCGAGGCGGAGCAUUGCAAGAUCGAGGAGCUCAAGAACAAGUCUGCCGACGGGCAGCCCGGCCUCCUCCAGUUCGGCUCCAACACCUCCGAGGAACAUGCAGUGGCGAAGCUAGAACAAAUUGAAAGGGGUGCAUUUACCUUGAUGCAUGGAGUUAAACUGUGAAGGUGCAUAUAUGAUGAAAAAAUAGAUCUAAUCAUUAUUUUUG